CAAUUCACAGAAAAAGAACAGUUCAAUAUAAGAAUAAGACAUUUUUGUUUUUCUUACACAAGUAAGACUCAAGUUACAACUACUCCUUACCUAAACGCUGAUAUGGCUAGUUUGGCAGUCACCUGCCUGCUGCUUUUUGCUGCUACGUAUGCCGCACGGAACUUCCAUCUCGCCGAUGGUGCGCAGCGGAAGAUCCACAUUACCGAUGAUCUCGAUGACGUCGUGGAUGAUGAAGAAGACGAUGCCUGGAGAGAAUGGGGCAAGAAGAGAUCGAGUCCACCCGAAUUCGACCCUCCGCCCAUGGAUUUCAGCGACAUGGAUCCGUCCCAAAUGCAAUCCGAAAUGAUGAAGCGCCAGUUCGGACCGGUUUUCGGAUUUGCCAAGCUCCGCCUCGGCACCCGUCGCACUUCGGUAUCCUUUUGAACUACCUUGGAUUACUAUAAUUAAUUCGGAUAGUUUACUGGGUUUUGGCAUUGAAAAUAUGCAACUCUUACAGAGUAUAUAUUAAGCAGUCCAUAGCGCAGAUUAUAGUAACGCAUACCUCUAAUUCAGUUAAACAUAGCAACAUUGAUUACCAGGUUUGAGUUUCAAAGUUUAAUUAAUAUUCCGGGCUCUUAAAAUGAUUUAUGAGAACGUACUUUCCGUAAAGGGAAAAACAUUUCUUAGUAAAAAUACCUCUCGUCUUGCAAACAAAAAAAGAGACGGAAGAAGUUGGGGAGAAUUGGAGAAACACACAAGAAAUCUAAAGGAGCAAUUUUUUUAUGGAGGAAUUUGCUUUAGGCCAUACUGCAGAAAAUUCGUCACUUGUUGUCUAUUUUCUCCUAUUAUAUGUGUAUCAUCUGCCUUUAUAGGAGACGGUUACAACUUGAGGUUAUUGACGCGAAUUAAGUUAAUUCUUUAGCUUUGGUCACACUCAUUUAAACUGUUGCUAGGAAAUGGUUUCUGAAAUUGCGAUGAAAUGGACCAAACUAGCAAGAACGGGCUCAAUUGAGGCAAAGUUCAUGGGUUUUGAUGUGAGCACAAUCAUGUUCACUAUGGAAAAAGGUCAAGACACUCUAGAGUUGAAGGAUUUCUUGUUGAGCCAACCUGAAGCAUAUGAGAUUAAAAUGGGAGAUCAACUUUUUCGUAGACCCGGGGAUCCUCCGUUUGAGGAAGUAUUUGAAAAGUUGCAGACUGAGAGAAACAAAAAGGAGUCUUCAAAUGUGAAAGCAGAAGAGAUGCAUGAAGAGCUGUAAUCGUAAGAAGUUACCCCUUGUUUCCAUAUCCACUCUUACCUGGUACAAAAAAAUCUACAGAUAAUUAACCCUUCCAACCAACAACACAUUCAGAUCAGAAUUAGCUCUCAAUGUUUGUUAAAUUACAAUGAACUUGAUACAUGAGUUAUGAUAGCGAUGUAAACGCCACAGGCUAAUUUAUACUCGUAUCAAUUUGCAACAGUUUAUAUGUUUCUGCAAUUGGUGAGCUUAUUCCCUUGGGCACUUGUAUUCAAUUCCUAUAAUCUGGAGUUAAGAUA